AUAGCGAAGUACUUGCUGUAAGGUAGGAGGCGCUGCAGCGAAUCGUUGCAUCAAGCAAUUCGUCCUUCUGCUGAGUAGUUUACAGCUACAAGCUCUUCAGAAUCUAGCCCACCGCUUUCAGGGAUCCAAACGGCAUUGGUUUCGUCUUCCUCGCAUACAGAGCCAAUCAAACUAAUUUUCUUUGAAAGAGUCUCGAGCCCAACGUGAUCUGAUGGGAGGUGAUAAGCUGCUGGAUCAGAUCUUUAACCUUAAGUUUACCAGCAAGCAGCUCGUGAAGUCCAGCAACAAAUGCGAGAGGGAAGAAAAGGGCGAGAAGCUCAAGGUGAAGAAAGCCAUUGAGAAAGGCAACAUCGACGGUGCAAAGAUCUAUGCACAGAACGCCAUCCGGAAGAAGACAGAGGCCCUGAACUACCUGCGCCUGGCCUCCCGGCUGGAUGCAGUGGUCUCUCGCCUGGACACCCAGGCCAAAAUGAACAUGAUCAACUCCAGCAUGUCCCAGAUCGUGCGUGCACUCGACAAGGCUCUGGCAUCCAACAAUCUGGAGCGGGUGGCGUCGACCAUGGACCAGUUUGAGCGCCAGUUUGAGAACCUAGACGUGCAGAGCCAGUUUGUGGAGGGCGCCAUGAACAACCAGGCCAGCCUGAGCACCCCCGAGGAGGACGUCAACAUGCUGCUGCAACAGGUGGCGGACGAGCACGGACUGGAGGUCCAGCUGAAUCUGCCGCAGGCCGGAGCGGCGGUUCCGGCAGCCCAGCAGCAGGCGGCAGCCGCGCCCGAGUCAGACCUGACCCAACGCCUUGCUCAGCUCCGCGGCAAAUAGUCAUGAUGCCUGGUCCAGUCGUGCAAUUGCAUUUGCGGGUAUAAAAUGUCACAUCAGGAGCCGCUAUGCUAUUGGAAAUGCUUCCCUGUGUAUCACUUGUGCUUUACGUGUUUCUCCUAGCUAGCUCUAUAGAGCAAGGAAGUUACUACCUUUUGUGAUGAGUUCUGUGCUCCGUGACUGGUGAGUAAUAUCUCUUGAUGGAGUAUGGAAGUAACUUCCAGGGAAGUUACAGGCACAACUUUGAAGUAAGAGCGCCGAUCCAUCC